AAAUGGCUCCUUUAUUACCACCAAGAAGAAUUAGUUUUAAGAACUAAUGGAGUGAAAUAAACUGAGUCGUGAUUGCAGCCAAAAUAAACAAAUCAGAGAAAUCGGGGCUUAAGGUGCCCUAGGAUGUAGUUCUUCGGUUAAAUAUUUGACGCUUUACCACCUGAGGCCCCGGCACUUUACCAUCUCGACCAAUGCCGGUGAGGAAAGGUCUAUUAGCCCCCCAGAACAACUUCCUGGACACCAUUGCCACAAGAUUCGAUGGAUCGCACAGCAACUUUGUGCUUGGCAAUGCUCAAGUGCCUCACCUGUAUCCUAUCGUGUACUGUUCCGAUGGGUUCUGCGAUUUAACUGGGUUUCCUCGAGCUCAGAUCAUGCAGAAAGGAUCCGCUUGUACAUUCCUAUAUGGUCCCGAGACAAAAGAUGAACUGAAACAGGAAAUAGAUGAUGCACUUGACAAAAAAAUGGAGUAUAAACUCGAAAUUAUGCUCUACAAAAAAGGGGCUACCACACCUUUCUGGUGCCUAUUAGAUAUCGUUCCAAUAAAGAAUGAGAAGCAUGAAAAUGUUCUUUUUCUCGUGUCUACGAAGGAUGUGACUAAGAACAAAAUGGCAGAAAUGGAGUUGGACGAUGAGGGCGAGGAUAAUGAAACAGAGAAUCACUUGGAUAUCGAAGGAUGUUUGCCCAGCAACCACUAUCAGAGAAGAAGAUCAAGAGCUGUUCUUUAUCAGCUCUCAGGGCACUACAAGCAAGACAAAAUUAAAUCCAAGCUUAAGCUAAACAAUAACUUGCUCCAUCGUCCUGCUGUCAUGCCUGAAUACAAAGCAGAAUCAAUUGAAAAGUCUCGCUUUAUUCUGUCUCAUUACGGUUUGUUCAAAACGUGUUGGGAUUGGUUGAUUCUCAUUGGAACGUUUUACGUGGCAAUCGUCGUCCCCUACAGCGCCACUUUCCGGGACACGGGCGAGGCUCCUUUAUUUAACAAGACAAUCAUCACAGAUGUGAUUAUGGAGUCUAUUUUUAUCAUUGAUAUUCUUCUGAAUUUCCGUACAACGUAUGUGAACAAGGAAGGAAAAGUUGUUGCUGAUCCCCAUUCGAUUGCCAUCAACUACUUAAGAGGAUGGUUCGUCGUUGAUCUCCUUGCUGCCUUACCUUUUGAUCUCCUUUAUGCCUGCAAUCUCUAUAGCAGAAACACACUGAUGCACCUCUUCAAACUCACUCGCCUCCUCCGCUUAGCAAGAUUGGUUCAGAAGGUGGAUCGCUAUUCACAACACAGCAGUAUUAUUUUAACAUUGCUGAUGCUUUUCUUUUCUCUGGUCGCUCACUGGAUGGCAUGUAUCUGGUAUGUAAUUGCACUCGCUGAGAUUGACGCAAAUCCCUCAACUUGGGAUGUGGGUUGGUUGAAUCAAUUGUCAAUAAAACUGGGCUUCGCAAGUGUAAACGAAACAGAUAUCACAACCGCUUAUAUAACAGCUUUGUAUUUUACGACUACCAGCUUAACUAGUGUUGGAUUCGGUAACGUAGCAGCUAAUACCAAUGCAGAGAAAGUUUUCUCCAUUUUAACUAUGUUGAUAGGGGCACUGAUGCACGCUGUGGUGUUCGGAAACGUAACGGCAAUCAUCCAGAGGAUGUACGCACGUCGAUCCCAAUAUCACACGAAGCUUCGAGAUCUGAAGGAUUUUUUCAGACUUCAUCAGAUCCCGAAAGAGCUCAAACAGAGAAUGACAGAUUACUUUCAAACUAUAUGGUCCCUGAACCACGGCAUAGACCCCAACGAGAUUUUGCGUGAGUUCCCAGACGAACUUAGAGGUGACGCAUCUAUGCAUUUGCACAAGGAGAUACUUUCACUACCUGUCUUUGAUCAUGCUCCUCAGGGUUGCUUAAAGUUGCUCUCCCGUCACGUGAGAAGCAACUUUUGUGCUCCGGGAGAGUAUCUAGUGCAUAUGGGAGAUGCCCUCACCAAUAUCCAUUUCGUCUGCAAUGGGUCCAUGGAGGUGUUGCAGAACAACAUGGUCGUAGCCAUUUUAGGCAAAGGUGAUCUUGUUGGCUGUGACAUAAGUGUUACCGGUCCAGAGCAUGUGCUGAAGUCUUCAAGUGAUGUAAAAGCCCUGACAUACUGUGAUCUCAAAAGCAUCCACAUUCCAGGAUUGAUGGAAGUGCUCAAACUCUAUCCCGAGUUCUCGGAAACUUUCUGUAACGACAUCCUUCACGAUCUCACCUUUAAUCUUCGAGAAGGAUACGAAACAGAGGAUUCCAAUGGCAUGGCAUCAAUGACAUUGCCUUCAAUAUCUGAGGAUGAUGAAAAUAAUGACAGUGAUGGAACUGCUCCAGCUUCACCAAUGUCACCGUGCUUGACAAUCAACAGGAACAAAUACGGCACAGGCGAUGAAAACUGGGAAAGCAAAGUUCAUCAGUUUAGAAGAACUUUUCAAGGUCACCGUCCCACUGUCAGAUUUGAAAAAUUGAGACCAGCUGCUACGCACCCCAACUUACGGCGAUCAUGGGACAACUUUGAUAUCCGGGACGAGAUUGAACUGACGAAGAAUUCCGUCGAGAGACUGGAUUCACAAAUGACCACACUCACCCAGGAUGUGGCCAGCUUGAGUCAAGAAGUUCGCCUGAUUCUUGCACUUCUGACAGAGAAGUACGAGAGCAGGGUGGCACUGCCACCACAGAUAUCCCAGUCCUGUGAAUCAUUACCUAGCAGACAGUGUCCCACCAACACAUUCCUGCCGAGACGGGCAUCCUCCCAGCCUCUGAGACUGCCCAGCACUGGAUCCAGACAGGGGGGUGAAAUAGAAGAAAAACUGUCCCCGUCCACUGUUGAGUCAGAAACCCAGACGGACUGGUACCUUUUGGACGAUAUUCUGAAUAGAAGAUGCCCAACAACCAUCAGGAACUCUGGAUGCCCUUGUUCACCGCAGAGCGAAGAAAGAGUAAAGUUUUUAAUCGGACCUUCGACCAGUGUUAGGGAAGACGAGGGUUACAACUCAACUCCUCAGAGCAUAUGGUCAAAAGAGACCAGUCCCCACGAUUCAGGGGGCAGUGGAACACAUAACAUACGAAUGGCAGCCUUCUGGAGCUCUGCCGAUUCUGAAACAUCUGUGCCUUCAUCAUCAAGAUAUAGAAGUUCUAUGAACGGUAGUCGCGAUAGCACUGCGCGAAAUGACGUUCCAGAACACAUUAUUGAGAUCGAUGGUUCUACGUCCAUUCGGCGUAAGCUGUCGACUGAAUUAUAGUCUUUUUUUUUUCAUUCUUAACAUUGCUGAGCGUUUCAGAUUAUCUCCUGUAUUCUUGCACAACUUCUUUAUACCGUAUCCAAGCCAAAUUUUAAGCCGCGUAACUCAGGUUAAAAAAAAUAUUAUUAACCUUAACAAAAUUUGCUCAAUUUAAUAGCAGCUAAUCUUUUUACAACGUUUUUAUUUUAUGAUGACUUGAAAUUACCAGUACAAAUAGUAAUCAGUCAAAGAGCAUUGUUUUAUUUCUAUAAAUUUUACUUUGUCAAUUAGUUACUAUUUUUACAAUUUUAAGUUUUUGACGCACAUUGUGUUUAACAAUUUUUUUAAAAUCUGUUGAAUAUAGUUGUUAGUUUAUGUACAAAUUUUACAAUAUUUUUUA